CUUUAACCUACGGAAACUUGACCGACCUUGACCAGCCUCCCAGCCACUUUAUAUCAUAUCGAUACUGGACAAACCGUACAGGACCAGCCUCAAUUGAGCGGCACGUCCCUGCGCACGUCCAUAUUACGAUAGUUAGGUCCCUGACCAAGGCAAAUAUUCGACGACAAAUCGAAUCUCAAAUAAAAACAGCCACAAUCCCAACGGUCAAGCCCGCGAUUCGCGCAUGUGCACGACUUGUCGUCCCAUAUUUUGACAAACCCUCCGCGACUGGAAUGCAAUGAACCUACGGCCACCCCGCCACCAGUAAAUGUCGGAUCAACGCGGUUCCUCGCGCCGCCACGGCGUCUGGACUCACUGGGUCCCGCUGGUGCUGACCGUCACCGUCGCCACCGUCGGCAUAGCCGCCUGGGCAUGGAGCCAGCGCAGCGACGACGACGAAGAGGUCCCCAAUCGUCCCAACGGCGGUGGCGGCAACAACGCCGCAUCAUCAUAUCCUCAACAUCAACAAGGUGACCAACACCUCGACUACGAGAACGCAGACUAUGGUGACAACCCACCCUACGGCGCCGCGAACCGCAGCGUCGAUGUUAAGACGGGCGCCGACGGCCACUCCGAGGGUGUAGGCGGUUGGGGCACCCGCAUGUCGGGCGCAUUGCGCCGUACCCCGAGCCCUCAGCAGUUCCUCGACAGCGCCGGCAAGACGGUCGCGGCUGGUGUCGCUGCCGCCGGUGCCGCCGUCGGAAGCGCUCUCGCGGCCAUCCGCGAGGAGGAUAAGAACGCUUAUGCGGACCACGAGACGUGGUCAGAGGAGGCUGACGCCAAGAAGAAGGACAAGGGAUCUUCGUCGAAGCACGGUAGCAAGAAGCGCAAGACUGUGGCCAUAGUCGUGUCUGCUGAUAUGCAUAUGGAUGAGAUGGACGAGGAUGGUUUCCAUGAGCAUGCCUCUCUGCUAUCACACAUUCCCAAGACGGUCGACUUUUCCAAGAUUAAGCUUUUUGUUCUGAUCUACGCCCCAGGCCUUAAGGAAGCCGGAACAGACGCUUCAGGCAACCUACCCCCAUCUCUGAGCUCGUCAUUCUCCAACAUAAGCCACAACCAGGCUCAAUCACCAAAAGACGAGAAGACGCCCUUACAAGCAGCGACGGCGUCCAGCCCAGCUUUCAAUGCAAUCUACAGCCAAGCCCUCGCCCUCGUGGAGAAGGAGACCAUGAUCCUCCCCUUCACAAGCUCGACCGGCCACAGCCACAUCCUGCGCCACCUCCAGCCCGACGUCGUGUACCUCCAAGAGUCCCUGUCGGGAGAGGAGGGCAUCAUCGUCUCGCAGAUGCAGGCCUGGCUCAGCAAGGAGAUCAUCCUUGUCGUCGGCGCCGAGAGCGGCAGCGGCGGUCUAGCCGACAGCGAGUCCGAGGUGGAGCGUCCCAGCAAGGACGUCAAGAAGUGGUGGCAGCGUGAGGAGCGCGUCGGAAGGGGAAGGGGCGUCGUCGUCGUGGACGGUAUGCGCGUCACGGACGACUGGACCAGGAGGGUCCAGGGUAGGGAGUAGAAAUGGAUGCAGGGAACUGGACGUCAUAUUGGGGGGAGGGAGGGGAUUUUAAAUCAUGUGAUGAAAGGGAUUGGAACAAGGGGUAACGCAAUUGGGUUUUCUUUUUUAGGAACUGUCUGCGAAUUCGGGGGAACACACUUGUGCGCAUCCCCCUUUCUGUAGUGUAAUGUCUUUCGAAAUCUAGGACCGUAUAUACCACGA